UUCGCUAAACUAUGCAACUUCGACUGAUAACGCCUGGCUCUUUCCAAAAUGGAAGCGCACAGUUCUACACGUGAAGUGUUCACUGAGGCAGUACGAGCUGUAUUAGAAACAUGGCCUGUUUUACAGAUAGCCGUAGACAACGGUUUUGGAGGUGUGUACGGCCAAGAUAAGGCAGACUGGAUGGUGGAUGUGGUUCAACAAUAUUUCCAUGACAACGCUAAUCUUCAGCAGUAUGAGGUGGAGGACUUUAUUGCUGACCUGAUGAACAACGAGUUUGACACAGUGGUCGAUGAUGGCAGUUUACCACAGAUAGCUGAGCGUAUCUCCGAGCAGUUCCUGCGGUGUCAGCAGGGGAAGCUGGCAGAGGUCAGGGAGCAGACAGCCAAGCUAGUGGAGAGGAAGGUUAUCAAGAGGGCUACUACGGUCACGGCUGCUCCUACGCCUGGUGAGGAGGAAGGCAGUGAAGAUGAGACAGAGGCGAUGGAGUGCGAGGGAGCGUCGUCAAGUUCGGUCACCCUAGCAACAGCCCCUGCCAGGAAGCCAGACCCCCCUGCCCCAGAGGAAGAGGAUGAUGGAUGGACGGUGGUACGCAAGAAGAAGUGAGGGAGGAGAACUGAGAAGGAAUGGUAGCAGCAAGGAAGAGAGCUGUAGAUGGGAAAUAGAUAUUGAAGACUCAAAGACUUUUAUCAGAGCUGACUGCAACCAUAAGUGGACAUUCUAUUUAUAUCAAUGGUUUCCACAACCAGUUGUUGCCAUCACAGUGUCUAUUGAUCCCCAUGUUGGGAGUCCAAGGGAGUGGAUGCUGCAGAUUUUUGCUGUUUUCUACAGAAUAUAUGAUAUAUGUAUUACUGGACCUCCUGAAGGGCAGAUGCUGUGAGAAGGACUUGCUCUUAGGAUCUGAGGGAUAAGAGUUUUAAUAUGUGCUGGUCAAGUGUCAGACCCAGGUGCCAGACUGCAUCUGCAAUAGAAACUGUCCCUAUGGUCAUGUGUGGGAUAUUGUGUUUGCCUAUGUUGUUUUUAAAGGGUGAACACAUUUUUCCUAUUAGGAAAAUUACAUAACUUUGAGCAAAUAUCCUAAUUUUCUUAUUUUGGCACAUUUUGUAACUUACAUAAUUUACUGAUGGAUGGAGAAGUUCCAUUUACUGGACUACUUUCUAAACCAUGACAUAACAAGUAGCAGCAGCAGAAAAAUCUAAUUUAAAAGCCAUUUUCUAUGUAUGGCAAUAAACACUUUGUGCAUCCAGUUUUCAAAAA